UGACCGGACGUACUGUCACCUGCUGUUUGUGGAACACCGUGUCACUCACUCUUUUUACAUUAAAACGUAAUAUUUGAAACGGCUUUGCGGGUCGCCACAUGUUGCUUAAUCCCACUCUGCGCCCUCCCCUGUGGAGAAGAGGUGGAGGAAUAAAGCAGCAGUGGCUUGUAAUAAAAACCCAAAGUGUGGAGCGUUGUUCACAAAGGACAGUGGAGCGGAGUUGGAGACGUGGUUUUCACAACUGAGCACUGAGAGGUAAGAUGAAAUUUAGGCUUAAACGAAAAAUAACAUUUAAAAAACACAAGGCUCCGCCCCMCUCUCCCUCAGAAUGGCUGUGACACGGUUGGCUGCCUGGCUGCUGCUGGUGGCGACAUUGUUGCCUCUGGGCUGCUGUCAGCAUUGGUCGAUCGGUAUGAACCCAGGAGGGAAAAGAGARCUGGACGGCUUUCCAAACGCCCUGCAAAAUAUAGUUGAAGGGUUGGCGCACAUGGAUGCACCUUGCAGAGUUCUGAGUUGUGACGAGGAAUCUCCUUUUGCCAAACUGUACAGAAUUAAAGAGCUUCUAGGCAGUGUAACCAACAGAGAAAAUGGACAUCAAGGAUACAGAAAAUAAUGUUUGUUAUGUUAAUAAAUGAUURCAUGUAAUGGCUAGCAGUAUUUUCAAAACACAAAUAAAAGCUUCAGAAUCUU